AUGAGUGAGAAAGCGAGGGAAAUGAUUGAGAUUCCACAGCAAUUCUUGAAGGAAGGAUCUCAAUUCAUGAACAGGUGUACCAAGCCAAACCAGCGCGAAUACAUACAAAUCUGUAAGGCAGUUGCCAUAGGAUUUGCUAUAAUGGGAUUCAUUGGUUACUUUGUGAAGCUGAUACACAUUCCAAUCAACAACAUUCUCGUCGCUGGUCAAUAG